AUGCCUGUCACCCUGACGGUUGCAAAGCACGGGGCAGAAGAGUGGCGCGCGGAAAAGGCCACGACCGCUGAAGAGUUGCUCGAGGGAACAUCUGCCAGAGACUACAGACGCUGCAAAAGACUGGUCCAAAGCUCUUUCGACGAGAACAGGGUCGACGGGACGCACAUCCUACAGGAACGCCAUAUUUCACCAUCAGAAAACGGCCUGGUCCGGGCAGUCUUCGCGGCCUACAGCAAUCAUCAUCAUCUUAUCAUCCGCCCCGAAGAUGUGUGGUUCGCCAUCCUAUCCCAACUCGGCUUCUACAUCAACGCACACGCGGAAGAACUAAGAUCGUACUUUGUUUCGCAUGAGGGACAGAAAGAGCUCACAGUCAAGAGUGUGAUACCCGACUUUGGGCGUCUGGCAGUCGCAAUGACAGAGCAGAUCCAGGCAAACGUCAAGGACCCUGAGCUGCGGGAAUGGAUCAUGCCUGCAUUCAGCACAACCACCCCAUCUGACACAAUAGUCUCUGCCAUUUUGAUGAUGGGCGCCAUGCAGAAAUACUUCUCCUAUACCAUGAUGCUCAUGUGUGGUAUCCCCACCGUGACGUUACUCGGCGAGCGGGAUGACUGGGUCGUAUUACUUUCAAAACUUGACAAGAUUCCUGAGUUGGGUGAGGAACCGACACAAUUCACAAACCUCCUCCGGCCGGUUCUCGAGCACUUCCUCGCAUCGUUUGAUAGCCCGUCUUCCCCCAGUGUUCUUGACUUCUGGGGAAGGUCUGUCCAUCGCGAGGGCGGCGGUAGUGGCCCCACUUAUUUGUCCGGCUGGAUCACGGCAUUUUGCUUCUGGGAUGCUAGUGGCGAGCCCCUCUAUCAUAAGGGCUCGGUGGGCCACGGUCUGGGUUGUAAUCUCGAUGGUGUCGGGUAUCACCGUGUGGACACAAAUUCGAUUCCUUCUGGUUUCAACACUGUUCCUGUGAAAGUUGACGACAACGGCCAUGUUUAUCACACCAUAAUGGUCGCCGGUCUGGUCGGAAUCCAGGCCUCAGCAGGACCAGGUGCUGAGAGCACGAACCGGGAAUCUGGAUCUUUGAACACUAUUCAGCCGGUACCGGGAUGGUGGAUGUAUGAAAUCGACUCAGCAGCGGAGGAAUCACGGGAGAAAGAGAAACGUGAUCUUCAAGCCGAAAUGGACACUAUACAGAUGUAUGCCGAUUGGGAUAGUGACCCCAAGCUCAGAGAUCGUUAUUGGACGCUGUACAGCAUAAAUCAGAGAUUAGAGCAGUUCUGA